CUGUACACACAAAGAUGAGCUUCACCUUGAUAACAGCUUUGCUCUGGACCUGCAGUUUGAUCUCUGUCUCUGUUUCGGAGUUCCACACUGUGGAGGUCCAGCCUGGUGAACAAGUCACACUCAUGUGCUCCAACUUUACCAGUUUUAUCUCUCACAUAUUCUGGUUCAGACUGACCAGGAGAGCCAACAUCAGCUACGUCUCCUCUAUGACGACCCCUGAUACCAAAGCUUUGCUCCGUGAUGGAUUUAAAAAUGGCAAAUUUAAUAUGACCUCCAACACCACUACCAUCUUUCUCACCAUCAAACCAGUGGAUGUGUCUGACUCUGGACUGUAUUUCUGUGGACUUCACCCCGAUGGGAAGUCAGUAAUUAACAGUGCAACAUAUCUAAAUGUUCAAGAAUGUCCUCAUGAAACAACGAGCCUGAGUGUGAUCCUGGGUGCUCUGACUGGUUCCCUCAUCAUCGUUGUCAUUGCUAUGACCUUCAGGAUCUGCAAACUUCAGACAGCCGAUGGUGAAGAACAGAAUCCACAACAGAGUGAGAACUUGGACUCUGAUGACCUGAAAGCCGCAGCGCUGAGUUUGUAUCCAGCAUCAAUAAGAAGCAGGAGGCCAGCAUCACACAGAGAAGUGGAGACUCGUGUGAUGUAUGCAGCCAGCAGAUAGUUAACAUCUGUCUGCAGCUGUGGAGGAGCGAGGGAGGUGUACAUCAGUCGUUAAACAGGAAGACACAGCGCCGUGUGGUGUGAGCUCUGUGAGA